AUGAGCCCAACGCGCUCACGAACCUCGUUAGAGUCCGCACGCACUGGCAUUGGCAUCUCGGCGGAGCCGGAUCCACCAGAGCCCGGCGAUCUCGAGCGGCCGUUUACUGGCGUGCCCCUGGAUGUUGGCCCGCCCCCAGACGGCGGCCGGGAGGCCUGGCUUUGCGUUGCGGGCACAUUCCUACAGCUCUUCACUGUGUUUGGCCUCAUAACGAGCGCUGGUGUCUUGAUCACAUACUACAGCGAACAUCAGCUCAAGCAGUAUUCAAGAUCGCAGAUCGCAUGGAUUUCGUCCAUUCAGCCAUUCAUCGUGUUCGGAUUUGCGCUAUGGACUGGACGAUACUUUGACAUUCACGGCGCCCGUCGCCUGACCAUUGCUGGUACCGUCAUCGCGUUUGCUGCUGUCGUCGGCAUUGCAUUCUCCCAACAGUACUACGGCUUCUUCCUGUCUCACGCGGCAUUUGCCUUCUCCGGCACUCUCAUCUACGCACCAGCGACGGCCGUGGCUGGUCACUGGUUCCUCAGGCGCCGGAGCACCGCCGUGGGCAUCAUUGUUGGCGGAUCGGGCCUAGGGGGCGUCAUCUACCCCAUCAUGAUCACCCAACUGGUUAAGAGACUAUCCUUCCGGGACACCAUGCUCAUUGUUGCAUGCUUCAACCUUGCACUCAUGUUCCCGGCUUGCUUCUGGGUCAAGGCCCGCUUGCCCCCUCGUCAUCCACCUCCGCUCAAGACUCUGAAGCGCCCAUUGACUGAAGUCCGCUUCGUCUUCCUGGUCAUUGGCACUGGCCUGUAUGGAUGUAACAUCCUCACACCAUACUUCAACGCUCAGGCCCUUGCCGUGUCCAACGACUGCUCACCGUCGAUCACCAACUACGCCGUGGCCAUCCUCCAGGCGGGUAGUUUCGUCGGGCGAGUGGUUGCUGGGAUCAUGGCCGACCGGUUCGGCGUAUGGAACGUAUUCGGGUGCAUCCCGUUCCUCACGUCCAUUACGAUGUUCGCAUUCUGGACGCCACCGAAUGUGGGUGACGCACCAACCUUACUGGGCCUGCUCUUCUACGGAAUCUUCUCCGGCGGAUGGUUCACGGUCGCGGCUUCAGCCACGGCUGUCAUUUCGCCCGUCACUGAGAUCGGCAUGCGCAUUGGUAUGAUGUGGUCCAGCGUCGCUCUUCCUGGCUUAAUUGGCCCAGUUAUCAGUGGUGAACUCAUCACGGUCGGAAAUGCCAAGUUCACCUACGCUGGUAUCUUUUGCGGGUUCACCUUCUUGCUCUCUGGUAUCCUCACCAUUGCGCCUCCAUUGAAGAACUGGGUGCUGGAGCGUUGCGGUGUACGGCCUAAAGUCGAAGAGGAGUUGGACCCAGAGGCAACGCUGCCAACUGAGGGCCAGGUGGAAGCAAAGCACACGGACGUUAAUAUGGACGAGGUCAAUCAGAAGCUCUAG